AUGUAUCCAACCCUUCGAGUACGACAUUUAGAUCCAUGUGCAGUAAGGAAAGAUUUUAUGGCUCUCAGUGGAAAAGUUAAUUUAUUGGACGGGACCAGGGGAACCUAUCGCCAGAAUGGAAAAACGCAAGUUCGACGUUUGGAAAAAAGUCUUAGAGAGUCGUCUUCAAAUAAAAACACGGAAUCAUUGGUCAACAAUUUGUUUGAUUCAAUGGGCACUAUCAGCGCCUUUACGCGUUUCAAAGAUAAUCAUAUUAUCAUAAAAGGAAACAACAAUUUAUUGAAGGUAGAUGGAGAAAGCUAUGAUGACAACGAAGGUGUUGAAUUGAAUCCCCAAAAGCCUCCUUCUAAGCCUCCAUCUCAGGCUCAACCGGAGCGUUCUUGGUGGAAUUUGUGGAAAUUUUGGAUAAUCCUCGUCCUAGUGGCAAUAAAUCCGACAUUUCACAAGGCGGCUAAGUUAAAAUGCAUUUAUGGGAGCAACCCGAUUUGUGGGUCCGACGGCAUCACAUAUAACAACGUUUGCGAUUUGCAAAUUGUUCGUUCUAUAUACCCAGAGCUCCGUGUAAGGCAUUUGGGUAGUUGUGCAAUAGGAAAUCAGUUCGGAGCCAGUGGAGUCAUACAUUUAAUAGACGGGUCUGGUGGAAGAUACCUUCGGAAACGACCGCGCAAGAACAAAAGAUAUAGGAUGUCGUCUACCGAUGCGUCGUACGAAGAAAAUGAAUUCUUAAAAGAAUAUCUGUUCUCUAAACUAUUUAAUUCAGUGGGAACUAUAAGCGCUUUCAACAAUUUUAAUAUGGAGCAGAAUAGCAUAGGAACCACGGGAAACAGCAAUUUGUUUCAAAUAAGCUUUGGUAAGCCUGAAGAGACUACAGCCAAACCAGCAUGA